GUCAGCAGACACGUCCUCUGUUCUGCUGCUGGACCUGCAGCUCGUGUCUCAGGGGGUCUCACUGUCUCCUCCCUCCACUCAACUCCCACCGGAUAGUAUGAGGAGUGAGGGAGCGCACGUGCGUGUUCAGCUGGACAGACGCAACACAGACCUUCAGCAAAGACAGGACAUCCAUCAGGAGAGGACGCACCAACCGGAUUGUGACGUGGAUUUUACAUGUUCUUUAAAUUUGUUGGGGUUUAAGGCGCUGAAGAUUAAGGUUUAGGAUUGUUGUGUUUUGGGGAGAGAGUUUCACGUGUCUCCAUUUGGCGCUAGUCAUGCCGGCGGGGUUUCAACAACUCGGAGGGGAGACAGUUACUGGAACCCUCGCUCUCUCUGUCUUCACUGCUGUACUGGGAUCUCUGGAGUUUGGAUACAACAUUGGAGUCAUCAAUGCACCUCAGAAGAUCAUCGAGGAGGAGUACAACGCCACAUGGGUGUACCGGUAUGGAAACCCCAUCCCCUCAGGAACUCUGACCUCUCUGUGGUCCCUAUCUGUGGCCAUCUUCUCCGUCGGGGGCAUGCUCUCCUCCUCCUGUGUGGGCUUUGUCUCUGAGUGGCUGGGCAGGAGGAAAGCCAUGCUCAUAAAUAACCUGCUGGCCUUCAUCGGUGGCAGUUUGAUGGGCAUGUGCAAGCUCUGCCGCUCCUUUGAAAUGAUGAUCCUGGGACGAUUUAUCAUUGGAGCCUACUGUGGGUUAGCAUCUGGGUUGACUCCGAUGUAUGUUGGCGAGAUUGCUCCCACUAGUCUGAGAGGAGCACUGGGAACGCUGCACCAGCUCGCCAUAGUAACUGGUAUUCUCAUUGCACAGAUUCUCGGCCUGGAGUCCUUACUGGGCAGUGAACAUCUGUGGCCUGUUCUGUUGGGUCUAACUGUGGUUCCAACUGUUCUUCAGAUGGCUCUUCUUCCCUUCUGUCCUGAAAGCCCACGAUUCCUCUGUAUCAUUCGCUGCCAGGAUCAUCAAGCCAAAAAUGGUCUGAGGAGGUUAACAGGGAGGCAGGAGGUUGGUGACAUGCUGGCUGAGAUGAAGGAUGAAAAGAGGAAGAUGGACAUGGAGAGGAAAGUGUCCAUCCUGGAGCUCUUUCGCUCUCCGCUCUACCGCCAGCCACUGAUGAUCUCCAUCAUGCUGCAGCUGUCGCAGCAGCUCUCAGGGAUCAAUGCAAUUUUCUACUACUCCACCAGAAUAUUCAUGACGGCAGGAGUUGCGAGUCCAGUCUACGCCACCAUAGGAGCCGGUGUAGUAAACUGUGCCUUCACUGUGGUCUCACUUUUCCUCAUAGAGAAGACGGGCCGACGGACGCUCCACAUGCUCGGACUUGCUGGGAUGUGCAUAUGUGCCAUCGUCAUGACAACAGCUCUGGCUUUACUGGACAGUGUGCCCUCGAUGAGCUACAUCAGCAUGCUGGCCAUCUUUGGAUUUGUUGCCUUCUUUGAGGUGGGCCCAGGUCCCAUACCUUGGUUCUUCGUAGCAGAGCUGUUCUCCCAAGGUCCGAGGCCGGCUGCGAUGGCAGUGGCCGGCUGCUCCAACUGGACGGCCAACUUCAUCAUCGGCAUGUGUUUCCAAUACGUUGCUGAUCUCUGUGGACCAUACGUGUUCCUGAUCUUUGCAGCUCUACUUCUCAUCUUCCUCAUCUUCACUUUUUUCCAAGUACCAGAAACACGGGGAAAGACCUUUGACCAGAUUUCUGCAAACUUCCAGCGUCAGUCAAUGGGAGGAAUGUUGGACAUGGACAUGGGAAUGGACAUGGACAUGGAUAAGACAGGCACAGAGCUGGACUGCUUGGCAGAAGCAAGCAUAAACUAAAGAGCUUGGAGGGAGAGAGUAAAACUUGAACUGCUGUGAUGCUCGUGACAUCUAACAUUUCAUGUUGAAACUUAUUGAUUUGUCCAAGGUGUAAGAGAAUGUGAAGUCUAAGGAAUGCCAACCGCUUCAUCUAAAGGUCGAGAGAUGAUACUCUUAAGGGUAUGAUGCACACAAGGAGGGUCUCUACUGUGGAGGUAGCUGCUGCUGGUGUGGUGAGCUUUAAAGCAUCAACUCAGAUGUUUGAAGUACUGUCCAAUUAAGAGGAAGACAAUAUUCUGCACUUUAUUCAUAAAAACUACAAAAAGGCAUGAAGUUGUUAAUGCUUGCCUUUAUUUGAUCUAAACUGGGAACAUUAUGGAAGCAGAAUUAAACAGCUCUAAAAAGGCACAAACUUCAACCAGGGAGGAAUCAUGGUUUAAUUAUUAUAGUUUUAAUUAAGUUUGAUUUCUGGUAGUUUUUAAAUUUCUUUAGGUUUUUAGAAGAAUUUUCCUUUUUUUUUUGUUUGUUUGUCAUAACCAUAACAGGGUUAUGGUGAAGCCAAACUGCUCCAACUAUUUUCCCCAAAAGGCCAGUCAUUGCACAGCAUGUGGAAAAACCUUUAGAAAGUGAAUGUAACAAAGUAUUUUACUACUUCCAGUGUACAUAGUGUUUUUCAGAUAUAAUUAUUAAAAAAAGGGGGCAGGGUCUUCACACACUUUAGUGUUUGGCUUUGUUAGGAUAAACUUUUAGAAAAACAAUAGAAUGAAAGACUAAGGUAACAAAUUUAUAGGCGUUGCCCUUCUGCAGAAGACGUGCUUGUUCUUUAAUGUUUUCUUUUCGCAGUGAAUGAUUGUAAGACGUGCGGGGGGGAGGGGCAGGGGGGCUGCGAUAAAAGAGUGAAUAUUGUAAUAUUGUGGUCAAGAAAACUAAAGGAUGUAAAUAAUGUCACCCCAGAGGCCUUGGCAGUUGUCCGUUAUUGUGCAAAAAGGAAAAGGAGUAAGGCGGAGAUUUGCGAACACAAUUUAUUCAUUUGCACUUUAACACAACAACAUUGCACAUUAUCCCCUCCAGAGAAAAACACAAAUACACAAAUAAGUAAAACAGAAAUAAAGAUUAUUUUCAACAUAUCCUCAACCAAGGACAAUAAAGG